AUGGAUAGAGAUAGAUUUCAAAGAUUUCUUGGCGCAGCAGCGGCAGGCCAAGCUCCUGUAAUGGACACUCCAACUGUUGAUAAUGCAGAAAUGAUGUUAAAGCAUGGCCGUGCUGGAGUGCCAAUGGAAGUUAUGGGCCUAAUGCUUGGAGAGUUCGUGGAUGAUUAUACUGUACGAGUAAUAGACGUGUUCGCAAUGCCUCAAAGUGGUACUGGAGUUUCUGUGGAAGCAGUAGAUCCAGUUUUUCAAACAAAGAUGUUGGAUAUGUUAAAGCAAACGGGACGGCCAGAAAUGGUUGUUGGUUGGUAUCACUCCCAUCCUGGAUUUGGAUGCUGGCUCUCUAGUGUUGACAUUAAUACCCAGCAGAGUUUUGAACAAUUGAAUCAACGAGCUGUGGCGGUUGUGGUUGAUCCGAUCCAAUCUGUUAAAGGAAAAGUUGUUAUUGAUGCUUUUCGUCUCAUUAAUCCUCAAAUGCUUAUGCUUGGCCAAGAACCGCGUCAAACUACAUCAAAUAUUGGGCAUCUUAACAAACCGAGCAUUCAAGCGUUAAUUCAUGGUCUGAACCGUCAUUAUUAUUCCAUUGCUAUCAAUUAUCGAAAAAACGAAUUAGAACAAAAGAUGUUGCUUAAUUUGCAUAAGAAAAACUGGACUCAUGGAUUGACACUAACAAAUUUCACAGAACAUACAGAAAUGAAUGAAAAGAGUGUCAAGUCGAUGCUUACACUGGCCGAAGCAUAUAACAAGUCAGUACAGGAAGAAUCAACAAUGACAGCUGAUCAACUAAAAACUCGUCAUGUAGGAAAGCAGGAUCCUAAACGACAUUUAGAAGAAAGUGUAGAGGAAGUUAUGUCUAACAACAUUGUAAUGGCACUUGGAACAAUGAUAGAUUCA